UGAUUACAUGGAUGAGCCGUUCAUUGUGGCUGCAUUCAGAGGACUGGGGGAAGACACGGUGCAAAAUGUGAAGGUCAUGAAGAACAGGUACACAGGACAUCCUGCUGGGUACUGCUUUGUCAACUUCUCUUCGGAUAACGCCGCCCUCACCGCCAUGCACAAACUCAACGGAAAAAUCAUCCCCAACAGUCAGCCACCCAUAAGGUUUAAGCUCAACCACAGCAGCACGCGCGGCAACACCGCCGACAAGGAGUUCUCCCUGUGGGUGGGCGAUCUCACUCCUGAUGUAGAUGACUUUGCUCUCUACAAGACCUUUGGCUCGCGUUACAACAGCAUCAAAACGGCCAAAGUUAUCUAUGAUCCGUCGGGGCAGAGCAAAGGGUUUGCAUUUGUGAGGUUCUACCAAGAGGAAGAGUACCGGGAUGCCCUCACGCACAUGAACAACUUCAAGGGAUUGGGGCAGAAGCCGCUCAAAGUUAGCUAUGCGGUGCCUAAGAAGCAAACCUACCCUGGCAUGUCACAAGGAGGCGGCGAUUACAACCAGCAAUACUAUGACCAGUACUGGAACAACUACUCUUCAUGGCCGGGGUAUGGUAACGGUGGACCAGACUCUCAGUACUACGAUAACUACAACAGCGGACCUGGCGGCUACACUGAGUACGAUCAGCCGUCCUCUGCCCAGCAGGACGACAAGCCGACCAAGGAGGACUUCGAGCCCGUGGAGUGGAAUGUGCCGCUGGAUAUCGAGCAAAUCAAUAAAAACUUUAUUGAGUGCAAUGAAGAAUUGUGGUCGACACUGGAGAAGCAACGAUGGAACUUCUGGGAUAACGCAGGCAUUGACUACGUGUAACCAUAAAAUCAUUUCAUACCUCCAACCUUCUUGCUAUAAUAUAUAAUG